GGCGCGGCCGGCACCUCCGCGGGGCUCCUGACAGCGAGCUUUGCAGAAAGCGCCCCUAGCAGGCAAAGUCCGGGCGCGAGAAGUCCUCGCCAAACGCCAAGGUGCCGCGGCCCAGCCUGAGGGCGACCCCGCUGGCUGGUCUGCGCGGGGCCCUCUUUAUUCCGGGGCUUCCCUCCUGCCUUUCCAACCCCCAAUAUCUUGGGCCCCGGCGGUGGGCGAGGGGCGGGGCUCGGGAGCGGAAGGUGACCUUUCUCGUGCGGUCCUGGCCGCCGCGGGGUCUCAGGUCGCCCCGGGGUCUCAGGUCGCCCCGGGUUCCAGGCUGCUGCUGGUCUCCAGGCCGGACUCCUGGGGAUCCUCCCAGCCCCGGACUCCACGGAGACUCAGGAAACCCCAAAUUCCGGACUGGACCCCGAAGUCAGAGAGCGAAGGGCGAAGCCUCCCUUUUGCCUUCCCAGCAGCCCGGGAGACAGCGAGGCGCCGAGAACCCCAGCACCAGCCCUCGAUUUUAUGUAUUUAUGCAAAACUCUUGCGAGGCUUCCCCGCGACGCCCCCGUCUCCCAGGCCUCCGCCCGCGGAUCCUCGCUGUUUUCCCCGCAGUCCGCGGCCCCGAUCUGCACGGCUCGGAGGGGCCGGGGCGCCCCCCGGCUGGGGGCGGGGCGGGUGUCAGACCGGAGCUAGCGCCGGCGUUGGCGCCGCGGGCCCAGGCGCAGCGGGGCUGUGCGCCGCGAGUCCCUCAGACAGGUCUAAAGGUUAAUAGAGCAAUCGCAGGGCCCUAUUACCGCGUAAAAAUAACCCAUCGAUUACCGCAGCCUUCAGUCCCAGAUAACAAGUCGCCGGGUGGCUCUCACGCUUUCAGUUACAAGGUUUUUUGUUUUUUUUUAAGAGGCCGCUUUUCCCUCCCCACCCCAGGUUUCUCAAACCAGAUUAAAGGGAGUCGAGGAGGGUGGGUUACCACCCUGAAAGAAACCCGCCCGAGCCCAUGGGAGGCCGGGAUGCCAUCGCUUCCACGGUGGGAAAUGGGUCGUGGGCUCCCUGGCCGCGGGAGGGACCCCGGCACUGAGGACCAGGUUGGGACGCAGGCUGCCUGGAAGGAAACACCCCCCCCCCCCCGCACCGUGGGAUCGUGGCCAGCUCCCGGGAUUCUCAGGAAAAUCCCAGAGGAAGGACUGAGCGCGACUGCGCGGGGAAUUCUCUGCCCCGAAGCAGGGGUGUGGAGUCCAGAGCAGCCCGAGAAAGGAGAGGAAACUGAGGCCUCCGGGGCGCGGGGCUGCUGCAGUGGACGCACCGACGCUGGCCCCGGGACACUCCCGCAAGCUGGGUCCUCAGACCCCCAGCCAGCGCCCGUGUGGAGCUGGGCACCGGACCCGAGGCCUGGUAAUUUAGGGGGAGGCCGUCCUGGGGGCCCUGCGGCCACGCCGAGCAGAGAACGUGGUCCGCCUGCAGCGUUUGCGUGAGGCCCUCGUCCACGCUGGGAAGGGCAGGAGUGGUGCGAAGCCAAAGGCCUGUGGAAGGGGCCUUGGAGGGCUCUGUCGCAUUGAAGUUUGGGCCUGGGCGAAGGAGGCCUGCUCCAGCCUUCUCCGCAGGGACUUGGGGCUGCAGAUACCCGAGGUCCCAGCUCUGCCUUCCUGGAGCGUCCUUUAGAGGGCGAAAAGAGCCCAACCUGGGGACAAGGCAGCUAUGUUCUGAGGAACAAGCCAGGGACUUGGGCCUUCCUGCCAGGCGAAGAGGAAAGUCCUCCCCGAGGCCAAGGACACCGGCUGCCCCACGCAGGAGCCUCCCUGUAGUGCGGGUGGCCCGCAGCAAGCAACACCAUCCCCAGGGUCCCUGCGCGGCAGUCUCCUCCGCGCACGCGCACGAGUGGGGGGCGGUAACAGGCUUUCUCUGCGCGGCUGUUGUGGGACCCCUGUUGUGUGGCUUGUGAUUCCUGGAUUCCCGGGGCCAGGGCCCCACGUCAGGCCCCGGCUGAGGUCCUUUACCCUCGCUGUCCGUUUACAGUCUUCUCGUGGGCUGGAAGCUGAGAGCCCACGGCCCAGGAAGAUUCCUGCCUCUGAGCGCUCCCAAGGCCUCAGCUCAAGGACAGAUGGGGGUGGCUGGCCAAGUCUGCUCUUUGGGGGUGUUUUGGUUUCCCUCCCCGCCUCCCUCCCUCAGUCUUGGCCUCCCUGCUUCACUAGUCCCCUUCCUCCCUUGGGGGAGGCCGAGCCGGCGCGACCCCAGAGCGUUGCCAGGAGCGGAGAGCAUUUCAAGGCCUCGCAGGCUGGCGGGGCUGGAGGAGUUCUGGGCUGCCGGGUUCCCAGGCUUCGCCCUCGCCCCGGAGGCCGCUGGGGGUGGGGUGGGUGUCAGAGGUUCAGACUCGUGACUAUUUUAAGGAGGGCGUCCCUGGGCUGGCCUGGGGAAGGUGGCCCAGGCCCUCUGGCGUCCUCUUUCCGCUUUCCUUUCCCAUAGCCUUCGGGGAGAACUUAGCACCGUGGGCAUCAUCAAAGUAUUUUUUUCUUUGACUUCUUUUUAUUGAGUGCUGCGGUCUACCCAGGACCAGCAGUGACACUUGACCAUGAAUUAUUCAGAUGUUCUUUAAAACUCUAGAAAGAUCCUCCCAAGGACUCAAGAAUACAUCAAGCUUCCCUGUUCAUGAAGGCUCCGGAUGCAUGAGCCGGUCUGUACCCAAGCAGAGACAAACUUGUAGGCUAAAACUUUAAAUUCCUCAGAAAAAAUAAAUUAAAAAACAACGAAUGCCGAGCGACCUGGUGAGACCAUCAAGGGUCUCUCGGUGUCGGGGUCCCAGCGCGUUCAGGGCAGGACGAAGACGCGGCUGCUGCACACCUGCUGCAAUGUUGGGAGCCACAGUCUCGGGUUGGGGUGGGGCGGAGGCCCUGGCACCCAGCAGGAACAAACCUCCGUCCGCUAAUCCAGAAAAAAAUAAAAACCCCUGCCUCCCCCAACCAAGCUCUCCAGGCUUUUGAUGGGAAACAAGAAAAUCUGAGAGAAAGACUCAGAGGGAGCUACGGAAGUUAAGCCUAGCCCCGGGAAACGAGUUCCUCCUGGGUGUAGACACGCCUUUGCCGAGCUGUGCAGAGUGACCCGCACCACACGAACACGGCUGCAUCCCAGCCCCUCGGUCCUCAGUCCCCGGCUGGGCCCACGCGCGAGGGGUGUGGGUCCCCUCUACUACAGCCAGUGGCACCGUCAAGACCCCUGCACACGCCCUGGAGUUGGGGACAGCCAAGCACCAGGGACCAAGGUGCCAGCCACGCCAGACCCUGCUAAUGCAGAAAUGGAGAACGAAUCAAGCUGCAAAGCCAGCAUUGCCAGGCCAGAAGGAGGGCUAGAAAGUGUUGCCAUCCUCAUCUUUCGACCCAGAAAGCCCGGAGAGAGGUUAAGGCAGGAGCCCCUUGUGGCAGAGCUGGUGAGAGAAGGUCUCAAAUCCAGAUUCAUGAGUUGUAGUUCUUUUUCCAUUUUACUUUGUUCUGCCUUCAACUAGGAAAUACUUUCUGUAACCAUCAUUUUACUUUUUUAAAAAUCUCUGGAUUUCCUUUAGUGACCACAUUUGAAUUUCAAAAUUAAAAUCUAUUUAAAAUAAAACGGUUUGUGUCUCAUAAGCUACAAGAAAAGCAAAACACAGUUGUCUCAGAGCACAGGUUCGGGAAGGGUACAAUGGGGAGUGUGCUCUCCGGGACAGGGCGGGAAGCCCAGAACUGAAACCCGAGGCACCAGCGGGACUCCACUGCGGGCAGGUCUGAUUCCCAGCUCUGCAGGCAGGCGGGCGCUGUGGCCACUGCUGCCACUGUGUUUGGCUUCCUGCCCUCACGGUGACUCCUCUCCCGUCCUGGUCCGAGGUCUUGGGGAACAGCUGCAGAGGAAGCCACCAGCACCCACUGGCCCCAGCGUGCAAGCUCUGUAGGGACCAACGCUGCCCUCUCUUCGGACCUCAAUUCUCUCAUUUGUGGGUCUUCCCCAAACUUUUUUUUUAUGGAACCCAGGGCCUUUGCACUGAGAUACACUCCAGACUUUAUUUUCAUUUUCAUUUUUAAUUUAGAGAGAGGGUCCCUUUAGGUCACUAAGUUGGCCCUGCCUUGGAUGAAUUUGUGAUCCUCUUGCCUCAGCCUCCAAGAGUCAGACUUUGAAAGCUGCAAUCCCACUGGCACUGAGCCCAGAGCCGGAGCAUGGUUAAUAUUCUCAGACUACACAAAAUGCUCAGUUGCUUCAUUUAUAGGUAAUUUGUGCUUUGGAGUUAUAGAUUCGUUUAUUUAUGGCUGAUUGUCCACAUGCCUACCCUCACACACACACACACACACACACACACACACACUCCGGAGGUAGAUGUUCAGUUAGGGU